CAUACUUGUACCGAGCCAGCUGACGGACGCCACGGGAAUGAGAGAUUCGCAUACCUACAAAGUACCAUCCACCGUGCAUCUUGCAGCCACCGUCUCUUAGUAUCAUUCGGGAUAGUAGCUCCGCAGGUUGAAGGAAGCAAGAAGGGGGAACACUGGGAAAAGCCAACAACGAAAAGAAAACAAGGCCGUCUCUAAACCCUUUUCACUCUCCCCUGCUUCCAACCCCACGCUUGCGCAUCUCAGCUACAUACUCGUAACAGGUAAUCUGCCGUGUACAUGCUGCAAACGAGCGUGGCUUAUAAAUAUCACAUCUUACAUGCGACACAGCACUUCUCUCGACUCUCUCUGCGGGAAUCCACACCGUCAAGAAGGCAGUUGGGUAGUAGGUAGUGCCGCCUACUCCAAGAACAAUCACUUAUAGACUACAUGUACCAACCAGGCCCUGUUCACGGACAGGGAGUAAACGCUCCAGUCCUUUGUCCGCGCCUCAUCCUCCUUGCUUGCUCCCUCUCCCCUCUUUUACCAAGCAGCGCUGCCGAUUGCUGCAGCCGCUAGAGACAAAAACGGUCCUUCAACAAAAGCAAAGAGAAAAGAAAUGUCUUACGCAAGACGCCAUGCAUCCUUGGGUACUCCUUGUUACUAGCACUGUCGCAGCCAAGGUGGCGCUGAUAGCGGUACUUACUGCCACUAUACAAGUUGCAGAAAAUGAUUAUGGCAUGUACUCCAUACGGAGUGUGAUGCAUCCAUCAUUCAACCCAUAUCAAGUACAAGGACCAGACGGGAUCAAAAGCGAGUCCCAGUCACGAGAAGGUACAGCAGGUGGGCUUCCUUUUCUCACGAGUCAAGGGAGCGAGAAAGGAAGCCCACUUUUGACGUAGUCCAUUUUCCUUUGGUUGAUACAAGUAUCACAUGUAGUCAGAGUCGGUUGCGAAUCUAGGCUAGUAUUUGGAUCUUCUCCUGCGUCUGUGCAGAUCAAACAAAGUUUCUUGCUUGCAGUGACGAUGAUGCGAGAAAAAAAAAAGAGAGGCUCCGAAAUGAAAUGAAAAUGUACCUACCUAGGUGGGACAUUACCAAGCUUUGUAGCCACAGCAGGAUUUGGCUCUGAUACGGCCGCGGGCGGAUUGGGUGGGCCUGGACCAUGCCAGUUGCAUUGAUAUUGGCGGUGAUGAAUGGAUAUUCAAGUCUAUACCAGUUUAUAUGCGCUCGACUUUUGCUAGCAGCAC